AUGCUUUGCUUGAUUCUGAUCAACUUAGAUUCAAAGGAUUCUCGCAUUCAGGUUGCAAAUCCCGUUGUUGAUCUCGACGGUGAUGAAAUGACGCGUAUCAUCUGGCAAUCCAUCAAGGAGAAGCUGAUCUUGCCCCAUGUCAACUUGGAUAUCAAGUACUAUGAUCUGGGCAUGGAGCACCGUGAGAAGACAAACGACCAAGUGACGAUCGAUGCUGCGGAGGCGAUCCUGAAGUACAACGUGGGAAUCAAAUGCGCAACCAUUACCCCUGACGAGCAGCGCGUCAAGGAGUUUAAUCUCUCAAAGAUGUACAAGUCACCCAACGGCACCAUUCGCAACAUUCUUAAUGGAACCGUAUUCAGGGAACCCAUCCUGCUCAAGAGCGUGCCCAAGAUUGUUCCUGGAUGGGAGAAGCCCAUUGUCAUUGGACGCCACGCCUUUGGUGAUCAGUACAAGGCGACCGACUUUGUCACGGAGGGCCCUGGCCGCUUUGAGAUGACCUUCACGCCCAAGAACGGAGGUGAGACCAAGAAGUGGGUCGUCUACGACUUUGAUGGUGCCGGCGUUGGAAUGGCCAUGUACAACACGGACGAGUCGAUCAAAGGAUUCGCUCACAGCUGCUUCAAGAUGGCACUGACCAAGAACAUGCCCUUGUACCUCAGCACAAAGAAUACCAUCCUGAAGAAGUAUGAUGGACGCUUCAAGGACAUUUUUGAGGAUAUUUACCAGAAGGACUAUAAGAAGGAGUUCGAGGACAAGAAGAUCUGGUAUGAGCACCGCUUGAUCGACGAUAUGGUCGCGCAGGGACUGAAGUCCUCUGGUGGAUUCGUCUGGGCUUGCAAGAACUACGAUGGCGACGUCCAGUCAGAUAUUGUGGCCCAGGGCUACGGAUCCUUGGGCUUGAUGACCUCGGUGUUGGUCACACCCGAUGGAAAGACGCUUGAGGCUGAAGCGGCGCACGGUACAGUGACCCGUCACUACCGCGAGCACCAGAAGGGCCGUGAGACGUCAACGAACCCGAUUGCAUCGAUCUUUGCGUGGACCCGUGGAUUGGCGCACCGUGCGCGUUUGGACGGAAACGAGGCGUUGUUGAAUUUCUCUUUGGAUCUGGAAAAGGCGUGUGUGGACACUGUGGAUGUAUCAGGGGUGAUGACGAAGGAUUUGGCGCUGGCAAUCCAUGGAUCCAAGUUGGAGAGGAAGCACUAUGUGACGACGAGUGAGUUUAUGGAUGCGAUCACUCAGAACUUUAACAAGACCCGUGGACACUAG